GGCUGCAGCACUGGACCCGCUUCAAUCAUGAUGAUCCACGGCUUCCAGAGCAGCCACCAGGACUUCUCCUUCGGGCCCUGGAAGCUGACGGCCACCAAGACCCACAUUAUGAAGUCGGCGGACGUGGAGAAGUUAGCGGAGGAGCUGCACAUGCCAUCGCUCCCGGAAAUGCUGUUUGGAGACAACGUUUUGAGAAUCCAGCAUGGCUCCAGCUUUGGAAUUGAGUUCAAUGCUACAGAUGCACUAAGAUGUGUAAACAACUACCAAGGAAUGCUGAAGGUCGCCUGUGCUGAAGAGUGGCAGGAAAGCAGGACGGAGGGUGAACACUCUAAAGAAGUCAUUAAACCAUAUGAUUGGACCUUUACCACAGAUUAUAAGGGAACGUUAAUCGGAGAAUCGCUUAAGUUGAAGGUUAUAUCUACAACAGAUCAUAUAGAUACAGAGAAAUUGAAAGCCAGAGAACAAAUAAAGUUUUUUGAAGAAGUUCUCCUGUUUGAGGAUGAAUUGCAUGAUCACGGAGUUUCAAGCCUGAGUGUAAAAAUUAGAGUAAUGCCAUCUAGCUUCUUCCUCUUGUUGCGGUUUUUCUUGCGAAUCGAUGGUGUGCUCAUCAGAAUGAAUGACACGAGGCUUUACCAUGAGGCUGACAAGAACUACAUGUUACGAGAAUAUACGUCACGAGAGAGCAAAAUUGCUAAUUUAAUGCAUGUCUCACCUGCCCUCUUCACGGAGCCUAAUGAAAUCUCGCAGCAUUUACCGAUAAAGGAGGCAAUUUGUGAGAAGCUGUUAUUUCCGGAAAAAAUUGACCUGAACCCUGCAGACUCAAAAGGAAAUAAACCUGUGGAAUAGAAUGUGAGCUGACGUACUCUCCGCUGGGUCUGACGGGAUCUUGGCAGUUUGUGGGGAUUUGUAUUAUGAAAAUGUUUGCCUUGUUAAUGUGCUGAUUUUCUGUAGCCUUAAAGAGAAGAGAAAUAAAAAAAAAAAAAAGAGAAGAGAAAUAAAAGAUCCUAGCAGGCAGGUUCCACUCAACCGAUGUUCGUAUCAUCUUUGAGAUCAUCUUCUGGACUUAGAUUUUUGGGGUGAAAUUGGGGUUCCUAUGUUGCCACAAAGUGGAACCACAGUGCUGGUGAGCAGUGCGCAUCAUCUGCUUCCAUCAUGACAGCCCAUCGUCCAUCACCAGGGAGGUUAAUCAACCCACAAUCCUGCCUGCGUGUGUUGAUGUCCCAGCUUCUCACUGUGGGCAGUUGGAUGUUGACUUGCACUUCUGGAGAAUUGUAAUUUGCCAGUUAGGACAUUAUUCUCAGACCUUAAUGAACUUCCUUUACAAUUAAAAAAAAAAAAAAUUCCCCCUAAACUGAAAUUGGCUUUCGAUGUUUAAAAUUUUUUUAGACAUAUACAACACAUGAAAACUGAAGUCUUUUGGAGAAUGUAAGCUAUUGUGUCUAUAGCAACAGGCAACCCUGUUUUGCCGUGGCAGGUAGGCUGUUGCUGCUGUCUUCUUUCUUUCUUUCUUUCUUUUAUUCUUUAAGGUUGAACAGAAGAGUGAAUUUAUUGAAGAGGGAUACUUUGGAAAAGCCUUUUUUCUUUCUUUAGGUGCUUUCCCCCUCAUAUUUGUUUCUAUGUGUAUUGACAAUUUUGUACUUCCACUCUCCAUGAAACCUCAUUGUAAAUAGAUGAAUUUGGUACUGACUCUUCUGGCAAGAUACUGUAUAUACUCGAGUAUAAGCUGACCCGAAUAUCAGCCGAGGCACCUAAUUUUACCGCAAAAUCUGCAUUAAAAAUGUGCUGAAAAACUCAGUUUAUACACAAGUAUAGAUGGUAGAUGAGCUUAUCAGGGGUUGUUUUUUAGCAAAUAUUAAAUCAGCCCUAAAGCAAUUAGAUUAAUUUUCUUCAUGAAAUAUGUAGGAGAGGGAGAGUUGUGAAGGAGGAAGCUUAUUUUUAAAAUAACCACUUUUUCUAUUUUAAGAUUCAUGUUUCUGAUAUUACAGGGAAUCCAGUAAAAUGUAGUAACUUUGUGCAAGACCUAGGUCAUCCAGAAAAUACAAAGCCCUAGGUUACCAAUGCAUAUGGCAGUUGUGAUAAAGACCCUUGAAAUAUUUUAAAUCCUCUUCUCGGCCUUUCUGUAUGGUCUUUGGAAAGUGAAAAGUGGUUAUAAAGCAUCAAGUAAGGUAUUACUUGAAAUGAACUUUAAAAAAUAUAUUUUGAAAGGGCAGAUGAAAGACUCAUUCCUUUAGUUAUGAUUUGAAAUUACUGUUGUACAUAUUUCCAUUCGAUGGAAAAGUCAUUAAGUAAGACUAUUUCAUCUGUAAUAUUAGCAAAGUUCUUCAGGUGUUAGUUUGAAGGUGGAUUUUAGUAAAACAAAUGGACUUGGGUAACCAUCACUGUUCAUACUGGUGUCUUACAAGCCCAACAGAGAGAGUGUCUCUCUUAUUAGCUAAAUCUGGUCACGAAUGGCUUGUUAUUUCUCUUCCUUUCGCUGCACUGCCUAUAAAGUAUAAAAAAGUCAAGAUUGUGUUGGCUUUAUGAAAAUACAUGGCAUAUCCACUGUAUAUUAACCAUAUUUAAAUUAAUGUUUUAGAGUAGCAGCACAUAUAUUGUACCCAACUUUCUGUUCUACACUAUUUACCAUGCAGAUUUGACUGGGACAGGCUCUUUGUGCAAGUUGUAAAAAAAUGAAAAGCAUAUAAGGACAUCAUUCGUUGGUUCUAGGCUAUACCAUAUAUUGGUUUUACUUAGAAAGUGAGUCAGUAUAUGAAAUCUAUAUUCAUAUAUAUUUUUUAACUUGUGGAUUCAGAUGUCUUCGUCUCUGAAUCAGCCUUGGAUUACUUUGGGUGGGGGCGGAAUCUAUGGUGGAAAAUUUAAAAAUCACUCCCCACCCCUGUCUACCAUCCAAGGGAAAGGGUAGGGUGAGUACUUCUGAAAACUUCAUUCAUCGAUUACUGUGGAGAGUUUCAGGAAACUGUACUUGUCCAUUACUGAAUAAGACCUAUACCAUUUUAUAUUUAUUUGUUCCAAGUGUCUUUUUGUAAAAGAAUAAACAAUGAGCAAUUACUGAUCUA